CCCGUGCAACCCGACCCUUAAGUCUCACGGAAGACAUGCAAAUAUGAGCUGAAACUUUACACACGGAGAAUGGCUUUUAGGCUUUAGGAUCUAGCUCUUUUUUUCCCCUUUUCUUUUUUUCUUUGAAGUUCAAAGACUCCGCACUUCAGAGGGCAGAGAAUGAUCCGCGCGACGCAGCGGAAUGCGCGACUUUGUGCAACUUUGUUUCCAUCUGCUCAGAUGUUGACACAUCGACGUCGUGGUGAGGCUUAACGACUUCCUAUAGAGUCGCGGUCGAUCGUGUGUUUGUGUGUGUGUGUGUGUGUGUGUGUGUGUGUUUGUUUGUGUGUGUAUGUGACCCGGCUGCGAGAGGGCUAUAUAAUAGUGAGCAGUGUGCAUGCAAGAGAGUCGACUUUGCUCCGGGUUGGAUCGGUUUUCUGCGUCACUCACUCCCUCAUUCACUCACUCCCUCACUCACUCACUCAGCCCUGUCACCCGAACCUGGAGACAUAAACACGAGCAGAAGGCAAGGCGUCGCAUUAAACAGAAAUCUUGCCUGAGGGAUGACAAACCGCUUGGCUGUUUACAGCUUAACUAGUUUGGAGAAGAGGAGAACGGCUAAGGGAGGAAGUGCAAUUCAGAUUCUCUUCCCUCUUCUGCGUUGCGAGCGCAUACCAAGGUGCUUUGACGAAAGCAGUCAGACUCGUAGAGCAGUGUUUUGCUUUUUUUAUUCAGUUGGUGUGCACCGAUGAUUUUUUCUGUACGCCCUUUGUUGAUUUUGCAAUCUCAAUCCCAACAUGAGCCUGUCUCCUCAUCAGAGAGGGAACGUUAGUAAUCUGGGCAAGCAGAAUAUAGAAGGCAUCGAGGAACUGGCGCAGCACUCAGGUGAGGUCUUUUACAACGUUGGGGGUGCGUCAUUGGAGCAAACAAACAGUGGUGCUGGAGGGAGGACGGACCCGGGUUUUGAUCUCCAAAACUCAGCUAUUUUUAAAACUGAAAAAGGCUAUCAAGUAUGGGGUCAUUUUCAGCAAUCAGCACCAGUGAAAUGGGUUUCUCAAGAGCCGGUGCAUUCCUCCAAUUGGUUUCCAGGCCUGCCAAAUUCAACUAAAUUGCCCCAAAACUUUGGACCCUCUCAAAGUGGAAUGGAGGAUGCACGUGGACAUCAAGGUUUACCCAAGACCAAUCAUAACAUGGACACCUUGCAGCAAGAGAAAAUGUCUGCAAGUUCCUCUGUAUCCUACUCCGAACCAACGCAAGCUCAUGCACAAGGAAUGGAAUGGGACGCUCAUGCCAUGGCAGCCAUGCAUCAUUCCCAGUUCCAGGCUCAUCAGCAGGGCCACAAGCCAGCAGACCCGCAGUACCAGCCUCAUGCCAUGCGUCACUCCAUGCCUGACUCUACUCUCCAGCCCUUUCAGGUGGCGUUUGGACCUCACAAGCAACUUCAGACCUCUGGUUUCUUUCAGCCUUUCCAAGGAAACAGCACUCAACAAAAUCUGGGUUACAGCGAGCCACCAAAAUCCCAACAACAGCAACAACAACAACAACAACAGCAACAACAACAACAGCAACAGCAACAACAACAACAGCAACAACAACAGCAGCAACAGCAACAACAACAGCAGCAACAGCAACAACAACAGCAACAGCAACAACAGCAGAUCUUGCAGUUACAACAGCAACAAAUGCAGCAAAUGUUGCAACAGCAGCAGCACCAACAGCAACAACAACAACAACAACAGCACCAACAACAACAGCGACUACUCCAAAUCCAACAACAGUACCAUCAGCAGAAAAUGCAGGAACAGCUGCAGCAGAUGCAGCAGCAGCAGAUGCAGCAACAGCUGCAAAACAUGCUGCAGCCAGAACCAUGUCCCCCGCAACAACUUCAGCAAGACCAGCGACUGGCCAGACCACCACAGCGACCGGACAACAUUGAAGUCAAAGCAGGUUCUUGUUCAUUGUCACAUCAACGGCAGGAUCCAAGUCCCCAAUCACCAAUGAGCAAAGACACAGUGCUUGGUCAGGUCCUUCAGGAGACUCAGGAAACCGAUUGCAAACCCGAGGCUCUUCCUCGUCGCUCUAGAAGGCUCUCGAAGGAUGGUGUCUCCCCUACAGGCAAUGUGCCAGCAAAGGAACCAGCCCGUAACGGAGGCAUCGGUGGUGUGGUUGGACCCACAGUUGGGGUUAUCCAUAGCACACAGAGAAGAAGGAGGACAUCCAAAGAGAUCAACCUUGAGACCCUGGCGCAGAAGGCUUCUGAGAUGGAGUUUUUGCCCGCAAAGCGUGAUGAGACUACAUCUAGCAGGCAGGCGGGGAUACCUCCGCUGGUCAUCCCUGUGUCUGUACCUGUUCGGAGGAAACAGGUCUCGAUAGAGCAGACAGGCGGCUGGACGCGUGAGCAGAGGCUUCCUCCGGAGAUUCCACAGCAGUCCGAGCACAAGCCUUCCGUUAUCGUGACCCGCCGGCGCUCGUUAAGGGCCACUGACGGUUUCAACCAGGAGGAGGAGAUGGAGGGCGGAAGAUCCCCGGACAAGAUAAAGCGUCGUCCGCGACCCGAGCCCCUCGUCAUCCCUCCGCCCCGACCAUGCACCUUCAUCGCUCCCUCCGUCUACUCCACCAUCUCGCCCUUCCAGAGCCACCUGCGCUCCCCUGCACGCCUGCUGGACAACCCUAUGAUUUUUCCACCGUACACUCCUCCACCCAUCCUGUCUCCUGUACGAGAGGGCUCUGGGCUUUACUUCUCCACGUUCCUGUCCUCGAUAGCAGCAGGAAAUCAGGGCUUGCCUCCACCACCAACCCCUAAGACCGCCUCCAGGAGCCUGCUGCGCUCGACGAGCUCCGAUAUCACUCCGCCGAUGCUCCCGCUAAUGGGAGAAGCCACACCCGUCAGCUUGGAACCACGAAUAAACAUCGGCUCUCAGUACCAGGCAGAGAUCCCUGAGCUCCGGGAACAGGCGCUGGUCGAACAGGACGAGCACAAAGCUACUCUGGUGUGGCUCCCUCUGCCAAAGACCGUCUCUACACCUUCGCAGGACGAGACAGUAGAUAAUCUGAUGAACCUGUCCUGCUCAAGUGUGCUGUGUGGAGGAGGAACCAACGUAGAGCUCAUGCACCACUGCCUUCAUGAGAACAGGGGUGACAUUAUGAAAACUCUGGAAGUGUUGUUGCUAAAGAAACCGAUUUUCUCCAAGGAUCAUCACCUUGCCAACUACCACUACGCAGGGUCAGACUGCUGGACUGUGGAUGAAAAGCGCUACUUCAACAAAGGGAUCUCUGCUUACAGGAAGGACUUCUUUUUAGUGCAGAAAGUGGUGCAGAGCAAAACCCUGGCACAGUGUGUGGAAUUUUAUUACACUUAUAAGAAACAGGCGAAGGUCGGGCGCAGCGGGAUAUUCAUCUACGGCCCUCCGGAUCCAGAAGAGCGUGCCCCUGAGAUCCUACAGAUCAAACACGAGCAGCCGGAAACAGGAGCGGAGAGCAAACAGAAGGCUGGGCACGAAGACGAAGGCGCUGAUCACCUCCGAAAUGUGACAAAGACUCUCCAGGUCAAUGAGAACGAAGGGAAAGUGUUGGUGCUGAGCAACCCGAAGGUGGUGUCUUUGGACGAGGUGACCGCGCUGAGGAAGCAGGAACCACAGACCGGUCCUUUCUUUGCUCCUGCUCCAAAACCACGUGAGAAUGCAGGGAGGAGAAGCACACCUUCUAAUGCCCCCAAGAGUCAGGGAGAACCAGAGGGCAUAUUUCCCUGCAAGAAGUGCAGCAGGGUGUUUUACAAAGUGAAGAGCCGUAGCGCGCACAUGAAGAGCCACGCCGAGCAGGAGAAGAAAGCGGCGGCUCAGCGGCAGAGAGAGGAAGAGGAGCGGGUGGCGAUGGCCCGGCUCAAGGCGGCAGAGACGGACAGGUUUGAGGGUGAGAGUGACGCUGAGGAGGAGUACAUGAACGAGCCAGAGAAUGACAGAGACAAGGACUGGCGACGAUGAGGGUUUUUUUUUUUUUCUGCUUUAGGGGCUCCAUUUAUUUUAUAUUUUAUUAUAUUAUGUUACGUUAUAUUAUAAUAUGUCAUAUUAUAUUAUAUUAUAUUAUAUUAUAUUAUAAAAAGCCAACAGAUUCAGAGUUUAAUACAUAAUAACCAAAGGGAUGACGCGAAUGUAAUAUUAAUUUUUCAUGUGAUAUGUAAGACCUGCUUAACAUGAAUGAUGUGAAUGUUUAUCAUUUCCCUCUAAUUAAGCAAAGUUUUGUAAUAACUUGGGGAAUAUUUUCUAUGAUUGUCUGAUUUAUAUCACUUUGCAUAUAUUUUGUUCAAUUUUUUUAUGUUGUGGUUUAACGUUGAUUUAAAUGGCUUAAAGGCAAAUAAGAAAUUAUAAUCAAGGAAAUUGUAUUUUGUACAAUUAGAUUAUCAGCUCAAGGAUACACUAUAAUUUUUUUAUCAUCUUUAUUCUACAGAGCAAAGGGUAAUUUUCAAUCAAUCGGAUGUAUUUUGUAUAUGAAAAGUAUAAAGAGCAUAAGAUGUA